AUGAGAAAGAGCCAUCUGGUGGUUCAGAUAGGAUCUAAAGUAGUUCGCAUUGGGAAUUGCGGUGAUCAUGAGCCCCUUUUGACACAUUUUUGGUCUCCGGAAGAUGCUUUUGACGAGUCUCUCAUUACGCGCCUUUUUCGGGUAUGGCUCCAGAACCCGCUGAUGGUAGACUGCAGCAAAACAGAAAUUCUAGUGGUGGAGAACUUACUGCUUCCUAUGGCGAAAAAAAUGCUGAUUUAUCGCGUUUUCACCCAAAACUUGGGCAUCGCUAAGGUUACUUUUGUUCCUGAUGCAUUGAUGUCUUUGGUAGCGAGUGGACUUAGAAAUGGGCUAAUAGUAGAUGUUGGUUGGGAGCACCUCAUGGUAAUUCCAGUUUUCGAUUUGAGAAUUAUAGACCAUGGGUUGCAAAUAAGCACCAAGGGCGGCAGCUGGCUGGCCGACCAAAUAUCCACAGUCCUGUCUACUGGCGCAGAAAGCACGUCAGAAAAAGUGAUCGAACGGUUACUGUGCCAGGCUGUUGAACUCACCGACAAGGAUAUAUUGCUACGAAAUGUAAUUGACCAGGAAUUUGUUGGAGAAAAAGCUGCGGACAAUUUUGACUUAGACGACUUCCCUAUCAUUCCACUGAUCAUGAGGGCCUAUGAUAGCUUGGCCGUGGAUGUUCGCGAGUCUUUGAAAAAGCAAGUGGUAUUUUCAGGAUUAGCUUUUUGGACACCUGCUCUUAGGACUCAUUGUGAGCUACUUCUCCCGGAAUUUCGUGUGGUGGAAUCGCUAGGUCCUUGGACAGGUGGCAGCCUAUAUUUCGAGCAACUGAUAAGGAGCGAUUCACUUGAAAGAUUCGAGAAGAGCAAGCCUGCUCCGAAUGAUUGGCACUUGCAGAAAUUUGAAGUUUAUAAGUAG